AUGGCGAGCGGCAGCGGCAGCGGCGAGGGGAAGGCGGGCAGGGCGGGCGCGGGGUACCAGCAGUACGGCACCGGCUACGACGAGCGCCAGUGGUGGCCGUGGCUCGUGCCCACCGUGCUCGGCGCCUGCGUCUCGGUCUUCGCCGUCGAGAUGUACCUCAACGACUGCCCCCGCCACGGGAGCCCCCUCGGCGGCGACGCGCGCUGCGUCGCCGGCUUCCUCCGCCAGUUCUCCUUCCAGCCGCUGCGCGAGAACCCGCUCCUCGGCCCCUCUUCGGCCACUUUGGAGAAGAUGGGAGCUCUUGACUGGGCCAAAGUUGUUCAUCAACACCAAUGGUGGCGCCUAUUCAGCUGUAUCUGGCUCCAUGCUGGCCUAAUUCACUUGAUUGUCAACAUGAUGAGCUUGCUAUUCAUAGGAAUCCGCCUUGAACAGCAAUUUGGCUUUGUCCGCAUUGGGAUCAUCUACCUGCUAUCUGGCUUUGGUGGAAGUGUGCUAUCUGCACUGUUCUUACGUAAUCACUACAUAUCUGUCGGUGCCUCUGGAGCUUUGUUUGGUCUACUUGGCUGUAUGCUCUCUGAGCUUAUUAUGAACUGGACCAUUUAUUCCAACAAGGCAGCAGCCAUCACAACUCUUCUGUUCAUAAUUGCAAUCAAUCUGGCGAUCGGGAUACUACCGCAUGCUGAUAAUUUUGCGCAUAUUGGUGGGUUCGUAUCCGGGUUCCUUUUCGGGUUUGUGCUGCUGGCAAGGCCUCAAUUUGGUUGGAUGGAACGGCAUGAGCUGCCCCAGACCGAUCAACCCCCAAAGUACAAGACGUACCAGUAUGUUCUGUGGGGCGCGGCACUGCUCUUGCUGCUGGUUGGGUAUGUGGUCGGCAUGGCGAUGCUCUUCAAGGGAAAGAACGGCAACGACGGCUGCCACUGGUGCCGGUACCUCAACUGCGUGCCCUCGUCCAGGUGGAAAUGCAUCAACUCCCGGAGAACCAUUUUUAUGCUUGUGUGUUUAUACAGAUACCAACAUCAGAGGCUUGUGCCUCGCAGAGCUGAAUCCCUCCUUUAUCUUGCGUGA